GACGUUUCUAUUUUACCAUAAAUGGGAAAAAAUCGUUUCCAUUCUUAGAACAGCCACCAAACCUAGUGCUGCUUCUGCUCCAACUUGGGUUCCUCACGUUGAUUAGGAUCGGAGCUGCUAGCAAGAUAUGGUGAAGCCGGCGAGCAAGAAGAUAAAGAUCGAAAAGAUUGACAACUUGCCGGCGAGGCAAGUGACGUAUUCGAAGAGGAGAAGAGGGCUUCUGAAGAAAGCUAGAGAGCUUUCAGUUCUCUGUGAUUGUGAGUUUUCUGUCAUCAUAUUUUCUGCUACUGGCAAGCUCUGUGAGUCCUCCAGCUCCAGUACGAAGGAUGUCAUCACGAGGUAUGAAUCGCAGACGGGCGAUGAGGGAAACCUGGACCAGUCAUCUCUUGAUCUCCAGCAUGAUUGCAUCAAGUUGAGUAACGAAAUUGCGGACAAGAGCCGUGUGCUAAGGCAGAUGAAUGGAGAGGAUCUAGAAGGGCUGAACAUAGAUGAGUUGCAGAGAUUGGAGACAAAGAUUGAUGGAAGUCUUAACCGUGUGCUUCAAACUAAGGAAGAAAAUAUUAUCGGUGAAAUCUUAGCACUUGAGGCAAAGGGAGCUGAGUUGGAACUAGCAAAUAACCAAUUGAGGCAGGAGAUAAGGAUGUUGUCCAAUGGAAAUGGUGUCGCCUUUAAGUCAGAUAUCUCGCCUGCUGAAGAAGGUUUGGUAUCGGAGUGUGACACUUACCCCAGCAGCUGCUUUUCUUCUGGUUCUUCCCUCGAUCAUGUCUCUGGCGGCGACACUCUAUUUCUCAAACUUGGGCUUCCUUAGAGUGGCUAAACUGGGGUGAUUCCGAAUGUGAAAGUUUUUGUAGUGUGGUAUAUUCUGUAUUGUAAUGAAAGUACUUAAAGAUGCCAUGCAGGUUAUUGUAUAUAUGUAUGCAUUCGAUCAUUUUGUGUGUAGCUGGGCAGACAUGGCCAUUAGUGUGAACUGUGUGAUUGUGUG